CUUAAAUGACUCUGCCCUGCUCUCGUUCUAAAGCAUGGUUUCUCUGCGCAUUCGGACGCGCUGCGUGAAUGUGUAACAUGCAGAGCUUGGCCGCGAACCGAGCGUGCAUACCGAAAUAUAUUGUUCAACGCUUGUGCCUUGCAACCCGCAGACAUGGCGCCCAAGCAGAAGGCACCCUGCUAUGUGCUAGGCGUGGGUAUGACCAAGUUCAUCAAGCCUCGUGGCAAGGUAGACUACACCGAGCUUGGCUUCGAGGCUGGGAUUAAAGCUAUGCUGGACGCCCAAGUCAAUUACGACCAGAUCGACGCUGGUAUCGCAUGCUACUGCUACGGUGACAGCACAUGUGGCCAGCGUGUGUUCUACCAGUUCGGGAUGACCACUAUUCCCAUCUACAACGUCAACAACAACUGCUCCACUGGCUCCACAGGCCUCCAUCUUGCUCGGACUAUGAUUGCUGGCGGAAUGGCGGACGCUGUGCUGGUAGUGGGGUUUGAGAAGAUGUUCCCUGGCUCUCUGCAAUCCUUCUUCAACGACCGUGCAAAUCCUACUGGAACGUCAGCGGAGAUGAUGAAAGCUACGCGCGGCAUCACCAACGCUCCAGGCGCGGCACAGAUGUUCGGCAAUGCGGGCCGUGAGUAUAUGGAGAAGUAUGGUGCCAAGGCUGAGGAUUUCGCUGAAAUUGGCCGUGUCAACCAUGAGCACAGCAAGCGGAACCCGUAUAGCCAGUUCCAGGACGAAUACACUCUUGAGCAGAUCAUGAAGGCACCGAUGAUUCACGCACCGCUUACGAAACUGCAAUGCUGUCCUACGAGCGACGGCGGAGCUGCGGCCGUCCUUGUAUCGCAGGCUUUCUUGGACGAGCGACCGCACCUCAAGGAUCAAGCUAUACUGAUUGCCGGCCAAUCACUCUGUACUGACGGCGCCAGUCUGUUCUCGCGAUCGGCCAUUGACUUGAUGGGUUACGAAAUGAACAAGACUGCUUGUAGGAAUGCGCUUACUGAAGCCGGUGUAACCGUUGACGAGGUCAAGGUUGUGGAACUGCAUGAUUGCUUCAGCGCCAACGAGAUGAUUGUGAUCGACGCACUCGGCUUAAGCGAGCACGGUAAAGCCCAUGAGGCUGUGCGGAGAGGCGAUAUCACUUACGGCGGCAAGCGUGUCAUAAAUCCGUCUGGCGGACUUAUCAGUAAAGGCCACCCUCUGGGAGCGAGUGGCAUCGCACAGUGUGCAGAGCUGGUAUGGCAUCUCCGUGGCUGGGCGAACAAUCGCUUGGUUCAGGGUACGACCGCUGCGCUGCAGCACAACCUUGGCCUCGGCGGCGCUGCAGUAGUGACGGUCUACAAGAGGGCUGAUGGCAAAGCUUCGUCGUCCAUGUCGAGUGAAGAGAUCGGUCAGAAGAAUGGCCUUGGUUACAACCCUGCAGUGGAAGCCAAGGGUUUCACCAAGAGCCAAGUGGACCGCGUUCGGAGUAAGAAGGCGAGAAGCGAAUGGGCCCUGCAGGAUGUAGAGCAGAAAGUCGAGGCUCGGUUUUGAGGAAAAGCUUGUUGUCUUGUUAUGUAAUCGAUUUGUGCCAGUGACAAUGGCCAGUAUUAUCCUUGAUCAUGCUCAAGCGUCCGACUUCCGUGUCAGCAUUCCGAACACGUGCAGCUCUGACGGGCGGCGGGUGUC